AUGAAGGAGGGCACGGCGAACUGCGUCGACAUCCUCAUCGCCAUCAUCCUCCCCCCACUCGGCGUCUUCCUCAAGUUCGGCUGCAAGGUCGAGUUCUGGCUCUGCCUCUUGCUCACCUUCCUCGCCUAUCUUCCGGGGAUCAUCUACGCGAUCUACGCCAUCACCAAGGACUAG